GGCCUAACUUGACAUCUGCUUUUGGGCCCGUGUCCUCUUCCGGUCUUCAUUUCCAAAAUUCUAUUCAUGCUUUCCGGAUGGAGGAGAAGAAACGGAAUCGAUACUGAGGGCGGGAAACGAGGCGGACGAGAAUUCAAGAGCUCGAACACGAUGCCCGUGGCCCGACCAAAACCAUCAGAUGAUAGGGUUAUUGCUCACGUUGACAUGGAUUGCUUCUAUGUUCAAGAUUGCUCGUUUUCCUCUGUGUGUCCUCUUUGCUCGGAGUUGGUGGUUUUUGAUAUCCUGUACUUCUUUAUUCAAGAUUGGUGUGUACAUGUUAAUAUGGGAUGCUCGCACGGGGAGUUGCCCAUAUAGUAAGACCUGGUGGAUUUUCUAAAGCUCCUUGUGGAACGCCUGGGAUGACCAUCAUUUAUUUGACCAUUAGUCGAGCAGCGUAAACAGCCAACUUUAAGGGGUCAUCCUACUGCUGUUGUACAGUACAACUCAUGGAAAGGAGGGGGCCUUAUUGCUGUGGGUUAUGAAGCUCGUAAAUAUGGGGUCAAACGUUCAAUGCGAGGUGAUGAAGCAAAGAAGGUCUGUCCUGAUAUUCAGCUUGUCCAAGUUCCUGUGGCUCGUGGAAAAGCAGAUUUGGGUGUGUACCGUAAUGCUGGUUCAGAGGUGGUAUCAAUCCUUUCAAGGAAGGGUCGAUGUGAACGUGCUUCUAUUGAUGAAGUGUAUCUGGACCUGACUGAAGCUGCAGAAACAAUGUUAGCUGAGAAUCCCCCUGAGAGACUGGAAGCAAUUAGUGAAGAAGCACUCAAGUCUCAUGUUCUGGGGCUUCAUUUGGGUGGAGCCAGCACUAGAGAUUGUGUGAGGGCAUGGUUUCGUAUGAGUGAUGCUGAUCAUCGUGAUAAGUUGUUAGCCUGUGGAGCCAUUAUUGUUGCAGAACUUAGACAUGAAGUUUUAAAAGAGACUGAAUUUACGUGUUCUGCUGGCAUAGCUCAUAAUAAGAUGCUGGCCAAACUAGCAAGUGGUAUGAAUAAGCCUGCACAACAAACUGUUGUGCCUCUCUCAUCUGUUGAGAAAUUGCUUGAAUCUCUGCCUAUAAAGAAAAUGAAACAGCUUGGGGGAAAGCUUGGAACUUCUUUGCAGGUUGACCUUGGUGUGAAUACAGUUGGGGACCUGUUGCGGUUUUCAGAGGAAAAGCUGCAAGAAUGCUAUGGCAUCAAUACUGGUACUUGGUUGUGGAAUAUUUCAAGGGGAAUCUGUGGGGAAGAGGUUGAGGGUCGCCUUCUUCCCAAGAGUCAUGGUUCUGGGAAGACAUUUCGUGGACCUCAGGCUCUUAAAACUGUCUCUUCGGUCCAGAAGUGGCUUAAUGAACUUUGUGAAGAGCUGAGCGAACGUCUUCUUUGUGAUCUGGAACAGAAUAAACGCAUUGCCCAUACUCUCACCCUACAUGCAAGUGCAUACAAGUUGAAUGACUCAGAAUCACUUAAAAAGUUCCCUUCAAAGUCCUGUCCAUUAAGAUAUGGGAUUGCCAAGAUUCAAGAAGAUGCACUCAAACUAUUUCAUGCUGGGUUGCGUGAAUAUAUUGGAAUAUACCAUGUCCGGUCGAAGGAAUGCCAGCAUGAGUGGGCUAUAACUGGUCUCUCUGUUUCAGCCAGUAAAAUAGUUGGGAUCCCGUCCGGAACACACUCAAUUAUGAAGUACUUCCAUAACCUAAAUCAAACUUCGAUGACUACAUCAAAUGAUAUAUGCACCAAAGAUGCUGCAUUUUUGUCACCCUCAGGAUUACAUUUGGCUGACCCACAGAUAGACACUUAUGAGGAUGAAGCAAGGACUGGGCGUGAGAUGCCAACUUUGUAUCCAGUUGCAGAUGAAACAGAAGUGUGUAAGGAUCCACUUUCCAGCAGAAAAUAUGCAAAUAACCUAGAUCCAAUCUUCUUUAGAACGAAAGAGCAAAGAGAUGGACUUACAGAAGAUAUUCGGUUAUCAUGCUCAGGCAGUGAAAAUGGCUUGGUAUCAGAACCCACUCAGUCAAAGAUGGAUUUCCUUGGACCUGGUUUGAAAUCAGAGAAACAGAAAAAGAAGUUUGAGAAGGAAAAGGGAAAUUCAUCUAUCUUAAGAUUUUUCCAUAGUCCUGAUGCUUACUCUUUUCCUGAGCAUGCCUGUCUGAAGACUUUUCAAGAGAGUGGAGCAUCUUCUUCUGGUAACUUGCUUCAAGAAAACAAGCAGCCAACGGCAGGAACCACAUGCAGUUUGGGUCGAAAUGAUGCAUGGAGUUACAAGAGGGAUGAGAUUGACCCUACUGUCUUGAAUGAAUUACCACCUGAAAUUCAGGCAGAAGUGCGAGGUUGGCUUCAUCCUCAGAAGCGGGCUAAAACUGUAAAAAAGGGUUCCAGUAUUGUUCACUAUUUCUUGUCAAAGGCAGACUUAUAGAUGUUCGCUGCCUAUCUUCAAGUUGGUUAUCCUACUGAUGAGUGGUCUUCUAUACUGUCGAGGAGAGACCAAAAUUCAAGUAAUUAACAGCUGCUUCUUGUGUCUGGCUUGAAGUAGUUGUGUGGAAGGCACCUCUCCAUCUGUGUGACAGAGAAAUGCCUCAGUGUUGGUGAUUUCCUCUUGUAACAAUAAUAUGUACAGUUAAAGAUGUAAACUCUAAGUGUCUGAAAUAACAUGUUUUUAGUAAUAA